AUGCCUCCUCCCACGCAAGUGUCAGAGUUACGGGCGUUUCUCGGCAUGAUUCAGCACUACGCAAAGUAUUUGCAAAGUAUGUGGUCGGCGUCUUCCGUGGAUGCGUUUGAGGCAAUCAAGAAGAUGCUCACUUCUGCUCAAAUUCUCACACACUACGAUCCGCGCAAGGAGAUCUUCCUGGCCGUGGAUGCUUCUUCGAAGGGGCUUGGUGCAGUCAUCUACCAUCGUCACACAGGACAAACCAAGAUGAACAUGCUGGCUAGAUCCUACGUGUCGUGGCCUAAAGUAGAUAAGGACAUCGAGACACUCUCCCGUGGCUGUGAACAGUGUGCAGAAUUCAGCGAGCAGAAGCUGCCCAUGCCGAUUUUCACUGCAUUUUCACUGCGAUUUUGCAGAGUCCAAGGCCACCACUUCCUCAUUGCCAUUGACGCCUACACAACGCUGCAAGAAAUAUUUGUUCAGCAAGGAUUUCCCGAGCAAAUCGUCAUCGAUAACGGGCCCACGUUCAUGAGUUCAACACUCAAAGAAUUUAUAGAGCAGCAUGGUAUUCAGCAUACCUUGACUGCGCCGUACCAUCCUAAAUCUAAUGGUCAAGCGGAAAAUUUCGUGCGGACAUUCAAGACUGCUUUACGGAGAGGAGGAACUAAGGAAGAGGCCAUCCAGUCGUUUGUCGUGCAGUAUGGCAUUACACCGCACGCCAACUACAGGGCAAACACCAUCCAUGCUCCUCAUGGGAAGACAACUACGCUCCGCCCUCGACCUCAUCCGGUCUGGCUUGGAACAACGUUUCCUGGGAGCAAGAAACCGACAGAAGGGAAAUUAUGA